ACCGCUCUCUCGUCUCUCUCUUUUCAAUAAAGGGUUUGGGAUCGGCGGUCGUAGAUGGCGAUGGAGUCGGUAGAGGCGGUGGUGGCACACAUCCAGGGGUUGUCGGGGAGCCAAGAGGAGGUCGCCCACCUCCACUCCCUCCUCAAGCAGUCGGAGGACGCCCUCCGCUCCCAGGCCGCCCGACUUGGCGCUUUCUUCCACCAGCUCGACCCUUCCGUCCACACUCUUGGAUACCUCUUCCUUCUGGAGGCAUAUUCAUCUGAUCCAGUUUGUAGGGAGCAAGAUGGUGAUUUUCUGUUGUCUAUUGUUGAAUUUAUCAACUCAUGCUCAGCAGAGCAGAUACGUUUGGCACCUGAAAAAUUUAUUUCUGUUUGUAAGAGUUUUAAGGAUAAGGUUAUGCAGCUUCAAGUUCCUAUACAGGGGAUAGUUCCCUUGCGGACAGCUAUCCGUAAACUUCAGGCCUCUUCAGAGCAGUUGACUACUUUACAUUCAGAUUAUCUUCUUCUCUGUCUGCUAGCAAAGUGCUAUAAAGCCGGACUAAGUAUUUUGGAUGAUGAUAUAUUCGAGGUUGAUCAGCCAAGGGAUCUCUUCCUCUAUUGCUAUUAUGGGGGAAUGAUAAAUAUUGGAUUAAAGCGUUAUCGGAAAGCUUGGGAGUGCCUUCAUAAUGUUAUUACUGCACCAAUGACCACUUUAAAUGCAAUAGCUGUUGAAGCAUACAAAAAGUACAUUCUGGUUUCAAUCAUCCUCAGUGGGCAGGUUCCAUUAUUUCCGAAGUAUACAUCUUCAACUGCUCAAAGGAAUUUGAAGAGCCACACUCAGCCAUACGUUGAUCUUGCUAAUUGCUAUGCCACUGGGACGUUUUCUGAAUUAGAGGGCUGCAUCCAGACAAACCUAGAGAAAUUUCAAUCUGACAGCAAUCUGGGACUAGUGAAGCAAGUUCUAUCUUCUCUAUACAAGCGCAAUAUUCAACGGCUCACUCAGACAUACUUGACCCUCUCACUGCAAGAUAUAGCAAACGCUGCCCAACUGAAGACCCCAAGGGAAGCUGAAAUGCAUGUACUUCAGAUGAUUCAGGACGGGGAGAUAUUUGCCACAAUAAACCAAAAGGAUGGAAUGGUCAGUUUUCAUGAGGAUCCUGAGCAAUAUAUAACUUGUGGUAUGAUAGAGCAUAUUGAUUCUUCAAUACAUAGGUUGAUGGCAUUGUCAAAGAAGCUGGGUUCUCUAGAUGAACAUAUGUCAUGUGAUCCUGCAUAUUUGACAAGGAUAGGGAAAGAAAGACCGAGAUUCGACUUUGAUGAGUUUGAUUCUGUUCCUCAUAAAUUUUUGUGAGGUUGAGUUCCAGGUUAUCAUUUUCAGGAAGCUGCCUAUUGGAAGGAAAUGUUUCCUAUAUGGUGUGGCGCCAAGCAAUCAACUGUUGGGGUGAUGGUAUCGGACCAAUUUGUUCUAGUUAAAUGGGGAAACAUCAAACAUGUUCUUAUAUCGCUUCCUGAUUACCCUGGUGCCUUAUAUUUGUCCUGUAUCUAGCAUUGGAUGGUCUAUCUGGUGAAUUGUUUUGGCUGGCUGCACAGAUGGCCUUCUUUUUUGUUUUCAUGUGUUUAUACCGAAAAUGAAGGCAAAAACAAAAUGUAUUUGUCGUCCUACAUCACCAGAAAGAAGCUAGUUUCUGCUUUUUAAUGCUCAGAAAUUUUUUUAUA